AACAUUAUACCAUCGGCAAGGAGAUCGUUGACUUCGUCCUGGAUCGGAUCCGGAAGUUGGCCGACAACUGCACUGGCCUCCAGGGCUUCAUGAUCUACAAUGCCGUCGGCGGAGGCACUGGCUCCAGGCUCGCCUGCCUGAUGCUGGAGCGCUUGUCUGUGGACAGUGGGAAAAAGGCGAAGGUUUCUAUCGCCGUGUGGGCGUGCCUGGAGGUCGCCGCGGCAGUGGUGGAGCCCUACGACACUGUGCUUUGCGUGCACUCCCUCCUGGAGCACACAGAUGUCACCAUCAUGUAUGACAACAGGCUGCUGGCGCAGAGCAUCUCCUCGCUGACAGCGUCGUUGCGCUUCGACGGUGCUCUGAAUGUGGACAUUACCGAGUUCCAGACGAACUUGGUGCCCUACCCGCGCAUUCACUUCAUGCUCUCUAGCUAUGCGCUCGUGAUCUCAGCGGAGAAGGCGUGCCAAGAACAGCAGUCAGUGGCGGAGAUCACCAUGGUUGUCUUCGAGCCCGCAUCCAUGUUCGUGAAAUGUUUCGCGGGCUACCCCCCGGGGUGGAAGGUCGCCAACGGCACGUGGUUGACGCGGCUAACGGGGCUCUGGUGGGUGGGCCAGCCGACCUACAUGUGGGAGCGCCUUAUAAAGCUCCGGCCUACAGGCCGCGGCGCGGCCCGCGCGCGGGUGCUUAUUCGUGGAUUGGGGCUCCCCGGCUACGGCUACGGCCGCGGCCCGGCAGGGGGGGGCUCGGAGGUGGCUGUGCCCAUGUCCUUGCCGCGCUGCUGCCGAAAGUCCAACCUCACCUACCGACGAAAGUCUGGCGGGGAGCGGGAACGAUCCCACGGCGCUGUGGCAGCCUCUCCCGCCCCCUCCGGCUCGCCGGAGGCCGCGGCGCGGCCCGCGCGCGGGUGCUUAUUCGUGGAUUGGUGCCCCGCGGGCUUCAAGUGCGGCAUCAACUAUCAGCCUCCUUCAGUGGUCCCUGGUGGCGACCUGGCCAAAGUCAUGCGUGCCUGCUGCGUGAUCAGCACUUCCACCGCCAUCGCAGAGGUCUUCUCGCGCAUCGACCACAAGUUCGACCUCGCGUACUCGAAGCGCGCGUUUGUGCACUGGUAUGUGGGCGAGGGUAUGGAGGAAGGCGAGUUCUCCGAGGCUCGCGAGGACCUGGCGGCGCCGGAGAAGGACUACGAGGAGGUGGGCAUCGAGACCGCGGAGGGCGAGGGGCAGCCUUUUUCGAGGGCGGAGAUGAAUUGUUUGCGCGUCUACCCGCUGGUGGCCGCGUGCUUGCUGGUGGAGAUUGGAGCAGGAGGUGGAGAGUAUGCCAUCUCGCAGCGGGGCACGGGCAAGAUGUACCGCUCCCUGCUGGAGCUCGGUGCGUGGCUGAAGGGCUUUUCAUUCCAGGAGGCGGGCCCGUUCACCCCAGUAGAGGUGCGAGCUCACUUCAGCAAGAUUGGCGGCGAGCCCAAUGUAAUGCACGAGCUCCCGGCCGUGGGCUUGCGCUGUGACCUCGAUAAGUACCGGGGCACUUGCCUCCUGUCCAUCGUGUCCAGAAUCCUCGCGCGCGUUCUUGCCCUUCGCCUGGCUGCCUGGGCAGAGCGACAUGACAUCCUAGUCAACGGGCAGUUCGGCUUCCGCGCCUUGCGGUCUACGCGGGAUGCAGCCAUGAUCACCCGGAUGGUCUUGGAGGAAUCGGCGCGGCGGCUCGGUCCCGUGGUCGAUGACUAUCUCGUCCUACUCCUGGCCGACAUCAAAAAGGCAUAUCCGAACACCAGCAGGGAGCUCUGCUGGGCGGUUCUCGCCCGCGAGGGCAUGCCAGAACCCGUAAUUGAAUUGCUGCGCCGGCUGCGCUCCGCGACGCCGUGCACGGUGAGGUAUAUAAUGUGGUGCACCAUGCUGCUCUACGUGCUCUUCAGUCCCGGCUCGGCUGCGCCGCUCCCGCGACGUCCUCGCGCUGGCGAUGAUGCUGUUCUGGAUUGCAUCUUUCGUAUUAUCGGUUUUGCUGAUGACACGUCCGCUUGCGCGCUCUUCCGGAGGGCCGCGGACGACGAGGCGCUCGUCGCGGCCACUCUUGCGGAGUACGGCGAGACUACGCACCCUGACAAGUGGGAAUGGAUGCGCGUGGGGCGCCACGGCGACACGUUGCCGGCCGGCUACGCCAGCUGGGCCAUGCUUUUCGGCGUGUGCUUCGACGUGGACGGCGGGGCGCGGAAAGACGCAGAUGGGCGUCUUCGCCUGGCUGGUUUGCGGUGGGGGCGCGUCCGAAUGCAGUUGCCCUGGCUGUCCAUAUCGGCGCGCCAGAUGGGUCGGAUGCUGGAAGCUACUGUGGUGGCCUGCUUGUUCUACGGGGCCGAAGACUGCGAGGAGAUCGCCCACGAAGCGGCCCAAGAUACUUGGGCUGAGCGGCGCUCGAAAGACAAUCCGGCGGAGGAGGUGGCUGCCCUGCUGGAGAAAGUCGCGCGGAAUCCCCAGACUGGCAUGCUGAAGUGUCCCAAGUGCUCGAACGAGUGCAGCGGCAAGAGCAUCUACGUCCACCUGCGGGGCUGCGCCGGGGAGGGGUGGUGGUGCCUGUGCUGCGAGACGAAGCAGAAGAGCCCCACGCGCGGGUACGUCUGCCGCUCGGCCCCUUACGAGGUCUGGCACGGUCAUGUGGAGGCCAAGCAGGCGCGGGCAUACUCUGUAGAGGGGACGAGUGGGUUUGUCGGUGUGAAGAACUAUAACUUCUGCUGCCACACGUUCUACACUGUGUACAUCAUCACGUUUAUGGGCAGCAUCAUGUACUUCGCUGUUUACUUCGUCAUUUACAGUACGGGCGGGGGCCUGCCGUGCCAGCCUCUUCGGAGGCGCUGGGCCCCCCCGGGGCCGUACUUGCUCUUCUUCUACGCGGCGUCGCUGCUUUUGGACGGCCGGCUGGUAGCGACUAUCAAGAUCAAGCUCCCCGGCUACGGCUACGGCCGCGGCCCGGCAGGGGGGGGCUCGGAGGUGGCUGUACCCGUGUCCUUGCCGCACUGCUGCCGAGAGUCCAACCUCACCAACCGUUUCGCGGGCUACCCUCCGGGGUGGAAGGGCGCCAACGGCACGUGGUUGACGCGGCUAACGAGGUGGGUGGGCCAGCCGACCUACGUGUGGGAGCGCCUUAUAAAGCUCCGGCCCACAGGGGGAGGCUCGGAGGUGGCUGCGCCCAUGUCCUUGCCACGCUGCUGCCGAAAGUCCAACCUCACCUACCGGUUUCGCGGGCUACCCUCCGGGGUGGAAGGGCGCCAGCGGCACGUGGUUGACGCGGCUAACGAGGCUCUGGCGGGCGUGGCUCUGGGCUGGAGAAGUACCUCGCGCGAGGGUCUGUCAGCUGACCGGGGCCAUGUGCUGACGAGGUGCCCGGAGUGUUCCCAGCUUCGGGAUUCUCGGCGCUCGUGCUACCGCGUAGGCAGUGGCGGGGGGGCCAAAGACAUGCGGGGAAUUCAACUGGCCCGCGGGUCGCAGCCUGACAGGUGGGUGGGCCAGCCGACCUACAUGUGGGUGCGCCUUAUAAAGCUCCGGCCUACAGGAAUGCCCAUGUGCGGACAGUCGCGCUGGUUUGCCGUUACAGCUCCUGGCCUGCUCCGAACUGCUACAGAAUCCAGAAAGGGGUUCUACGGGAUGGGCGCCCCGCAACAGAUCCAGCACGCAGUGGGGGUGUUUGCUAUUGGUGGCGAGUCCUCCGACGACGACUCGCUGCUGGCCGUGGGGACGCAGAUUACUAUUGUUGGUUUGACGUCGGCGAGAGGCUCACCUCUCAAUGGCUUCUCCGGCACAGUCAUUAGCUAUGUGGAGGCGUCGCAGCGUUACGGGGUGCACGUGCCAGUGACAGGGGGCGAGGUGCUGCUCAAGCGGGACAAUCUCCAGACCUCACUCGUGGAGGAGCACUGGCUGACGGACUACGACAUUACUCACGACGCUGGUGUGCCCCGGGCCUCAGUGCAGGGGGCGCGGAUCUUAUUGCGCCGAUGCGGAUCUGCGAACCGGGUCAACGAGUGGAUGGAUAUCUAUAGGGAGUUUCUUAACCGCAGGGUGCCAUGGCUCUCCGUGGGAGGCAGCGCGAAUCAGCUGCGUGAGCUGACAGACCU